AUUUAUAAUAUACGGGUUGAUCCAAGCAGCCUUGACAAAGGUCAACUCUUGCACAUAACCUGGGAUAUAGUGAACCCCAGUAGUUCAAAUACUUAUCAAAUUAUUUGUGUGUCUGAUGAUGGUCGUACUCGUCAAUUCAUUUCGUUAAAAAACAUGAAUACUAACCCGCGAGAAUAUUAUUGGCCAGUAAAUGUAUCUCCUGGCUUUUAUCACUUAGAGAUAAAUAACAUAGAUUCUAAUACUUUUAUUGUUAAUCAACAAGAAAAAAACAUAAAUAAUAUUAAUUAUAGAGGUCGCUCAUACAAAUGCGUGGAUACUGGUGAAGCAUCUUCUGAUGAUGAAUAUGAAGCACCUCCUCCUGAUGAUGAAUAUGAAGCACCUCCAGAUGAUGAAUAUGAAGCACCUCCAGAUGAUGAAUAUGAAGCACCUCCAGAUGAUGAAUAUUAUGAUGAAUAUGAUACACCUGAUGAUUCUUUGUGA